GGCGGCGGGAAUGCGGCGCCUACAGCGGGCUCAGCAGUUAGGAGGGGUCUCUUCAGAGGCAAUGGCGGACCGCAGCAUCCUCGGGGAGCCUACACCGCGCACGCUGCUGCGGCGCGUGCUGGAUACGGCGGACCCGCGCACCCCGCGGCGACCCCGGAGUGCUCGAGCUGGUGCCCAGAGAGCCCUGCUUGAAACACCUUCCUCCAGGAGGCUGAGAAGCCAAACAAAGACAACUGCCAGAUGGAAUUCCCGUGGAGCCAGGUCUAGUGGCAGAUUGGCCCAUGCUCAAGCCAGUGGGCACCUGGAGGAACAGACACCUCGGACUCUGCUGAAGAACAUUCUACUAACUGCCCCGGAAUCUUCCAUCCUGAAGCCAGAGUCAGUGGUGAAGCCAGUGCCAGCGCCACAAGUGGUCCAGCCCUCCAGACGGGAAAGCAGUCGGGGCAGCUUGGAGCUGCAACUUCCUGAGCCUGAGCCCCCCACGACUCUGGGUCCAGCUUUGCUGGCCCCUGGCAGGAGGAAGCAGAGGCUGAGACUAUCGGUGUUUCAGCAGGGAGUGGACCAAGAGCUGCCUGUCCCCCAAGAGCCUCGUGGGAAUGCUGAUGCCUCAUCCCUCGCCAGCUCCCUCAACCUGACCUUUGCCACACCUCUUCAGCCACAGUCAGUGCAGAGGCCUGGCUUGGCCCGCAGACCUGGCACUCGCCGAGCCGUAGAUGUGGGUGCCUUUUUGCAGGAUCUGCGUGAUACUUCCUUGGCUCCUCCAAACAUUGUGUUGGAGGACACCCAGCCUUUCUCCCAGCCCUUGGUUGACCGCUCCCCCAGUGUGCGUCGCUCCCUGCCCCUCCCCUCUCACACAGCGGCUGAAGACACUGAGAGGGCUGCCAGUCGCAGGACACGGAGCAGUGGGUCUGCGCCAUGGAACAACAGCCCUGGGAAGCCAGCUCAGUUUCUGGCAGGAAAGGCAGAGGAGGUCAAUGCCCUUGCUCUGGGCUUCCGGAACACCAGCAGUAGUAUCUCUGGACGUGGAGUAGAGCCCUUACAGGAUGGAGUUUGUGAGGAGGCAGAGAAAAGGAUGGAAGAAGAAGAAAAAGGCUUGAGCGUGAGUGAAAUGAAAGAGGCGACAGGAGCACAGGGACCUUUGGAGGCGGGAGAGCCUGAGGGAUACAUGGAAGUGACAGAAGCAGAGGGAUCCCUGGAGGCUGUUGAGCCUGGGGAGCCAGAAGGAUCAUCAGGGGAUGAGGACACCUCUGGUAGGACAGCAAGCCCAGAGUUGGCCUGCAACACCCCAGAGUUUCUCCAGCCCAAGCAACUUCAUCAGCUUCUUGAGCCAGUCCCGCCUCCUGGCCCUGCAGUCUUAUCUUCAGAGCCUCUGGAGCCUCUGUCGGCCAGGCUUCCCCCUAGGCCCCGAGCCACUGGCCCCAGGCCCCGCCAAGAUCCCUACAAGACUGGACUGAGCCACUAUGCAAAACUCUUUAGCUUCUAUGCUAAGAUGCCCAUGGAGAAGGCGGCUCUUGAGAUAGUGGAGAAAUGCCUAGAUAAGUAUUUCCGACAUCUUUGUGAUGAUCUGGAGGCAUUUGCUACCCAUGCUGGCCGCAGGACUGUAAAGCCAGAGGACCUGGAGCUGCUGAUGCGACGGCAGGGCCUGGUCACCGACCAAGUCUCGCUGCAUGUGCUUGUGGAACGGCACCUGCCCCUGGAGUACCGGCAGCUGCUCAUCCCCUGUGCAUUCAGUGGCAACUCUGUCUUCCCUGCCCAGUAGUGGCCAGGCCUCAACACUUGCCCUGUCCCCACCUGGGGCCCCUUGAUACCACUUACUCCUCCAGGUCUUUUCCCCAUCCCCCCAGCAUCAAUAAAAUGUUAUAAACAGAA